CUUCCGGUUAAAAAAGCAGAAGCCAAAAUCAUCGCUGUUCUCCUAAUAUUGACAGUUUAUCGUAGAAUUCUACGUAUUUGUGUCUAUUCUCCCACAUAAAUUGAAGCAUGAAGGUUGUUGCGUUAAUAAGUGGGGGCAAAGACAGCUGUUACAACAUGAUGCAGUGUGUUGCUGAAGGCCAUGAUAUAGUAGCCCUGGCCAACCUCAAGCCCAAAGACACAGAUGAGAUGGACAGUUUCAUGUUCCAGACAGUAGGCCACCAUGCUAUAGACAUAUAUGCAGAGGCCAUGGGGCUUCCCCUGUACAGGAGGGUGAUAGAGGGGAGCAAUAUACAACAACACAUGGACUACGAGGCAACAGAGAAUGAUGAGGUAGAAGACAUGUACCAACUACUCAAAGAAGUUAAGGAAGAACACCAGAUAGAGGGCGUAUCAGUCGGGGCUGUUCUGUCAGACUACCAGAGGAUAAGAGUAGAAAAUGUCUGUAUACGUCUAGGACUCACAUCUCUGGCGUAUCUAUGGCAACGUGACCAGAAAGAGCUCCUUAAUGAGAUGAUCUGCUGUGACAUAGAUGCCAUAAUCCUCAAAGUUGCAACAUUAGGACUAACACCAGAUGAACACCUUGGGAUCUCAAUACGUCAGAUUUACCCACACAUGCUACUCAUGAAAGAGAAAUAUGGCCUGAACAUAUGCGGAGAAGGUGGAGAAUAUGAAACAUUUACACUCGACUGUCCCCUAUUUAACAAGAGAAUUGCUAUUGAUGACAAAGAGGUUGUGAUCCACUCAGCAGAUGCAUUUGCCCCAGUUGGCUAUAUCAACAUAAAACAAGCACAUUUAGAAGAUAAACCAAUUAUCAGAGGCAGUACUCCCUUACAAAGACUAAAAGAUCUCCCUAUGAAGAAAAGUAGUGACUUACUGAGGGACCUGUAUACAUUCAGUGUUGAUGUUAUACCAACUUGUGAACAAUGUGAGCUCAACAGGCAGUCAGUGGAGGAUGAUGCUGGCUAUAUAAAAGUGUAUGAAUCUGGUAACUUCUAUGUGUCUUGUCUAUAUGGAUUGAAGAAAGAAGGAAGCUCCCCUGGUGAUAUCAUGCAAACCAUAAUAGAGAAACUGAAAAGUGUACUUGAGCAGAAGUCAUUGGGUCUGCAGCAGUUGAUAGCAGUCCAUCUGUAUGUGCAGGAUAUGAAAGACUUUGCAGAGAUCAACCUGGUCUAUAAGAGCUACUUUGGGAUAAAUCCACCUGUCAGGGUCUGUGUGCAGGCAGAUCUCCCUGAGAAUGUACUUAUUCAGAUAGACUGUUUAGGACAUGUUGAGAGAGAGUCCUCACCACAUUGUAACACCAUGCAUGUUCAGAGCCUCUCUCAUUGGGCACCAGCAAAUAUUGGACCUUACAGUCAGGCUGUGCAAUUUGGUGACUUUGUGUAUGUUGCUGGUCAGAUUGCGCUAUGUCCCGCAACUCUACAACUCGUGGAAGGCGGGAUUAUACCUCAGACAAAGUUGUCACUACGUCACGUUGCCAUGGUGCUACAAGCCAUGGACCCUCACUGCAUUCUCACCAGUAUUGUUUCUGCUGUGUGCUAUGUUACUGACAGUGAAUAUGUACGCUAUGUUCAGAAAGAAUGGAAAGAUGCCCUAGAAGCAUUUCAGAUCAGUCCUAAAUGGCGGGAAGCUCCAACUACUGAGGGUCUGUUGGAGAUAGUGGUGGUUCCCGCGCUACCCCGUGGAGCUCUUGUGGAAUGGCAGGUCUAUGCUAACACUAAGAAAAAUGAUGAAUGGAGUCGUGCCAUAUCUAUCAAGCAGUCCCCAGGCCAUUACAAGAUCAACUUAGAUUACCAUUACCCUCCCAGAGACUAUGACCCAUCAGUAUUUGGAGGCCUCAAAAUCUCAGUUGAGCUGAGUAAGGUUGCCAAAGAAGAUCUGGAAUAUGAAAGACUACUUAUCAAGAUUCUCGCCACAUAUCAGUCAAUUCUAAACCAUAAACAACUAAACUUCAUCAACGCACCAGGCCUGACAGUUUUCUACAAAUAUGAUAUUGUGCAUCUUAGACAGCUGAGUCAAGCAUUGAAGGCCCAGCUGACCCAGUUCUGUAAGGGUCCCAACAAUAUUCCACCAGUCACAUACGUUCCAGUGAGAGGCUUUGAGAACCCAGACCAUGUACUUUCUAUUGUGCAUUGAGCACCUAGCCAAUGUGCUCAUUAUUGUGCAUCGAAGAUCUGAACCAUGAGCUCUUUAUUGUGCACUGUGCAUUGAACUUCAUUUCGGUACUCAUUAUUGUGGAUCGCAUAUUCACCCCAUGUGUUC